UGGUUGCAUAUCAUCAUCAACAAACAAUUUAAACAACAAAUUUUCAUUUGCUUCAUAAGAUUUGUUAUUGUAAAAUGGAAAAAAGAUCAACAUUUCGCUUCCGCCUUCCUUGGUCACAAUCAGAAGCUGAAUCUGCAAGCAAACCAUCCACUCAGCCUAAUACCAAAAGUAGUGGUCCUAGUCGCACAACUCGUCAAGCGACAAGAUCACGAACUACUUCACAGUCACAGCCCUCCAGCAGCACUAAACCGAAUACUAGCCCAUCAUCCAGUCCUGCAACUGAAAACUCACCUCCGAAGCAGCCACCAAGUGCCCCCACAACCACGACAUCUGGAAAGCCUUCUUCACCAGCUCAACCAUCAGUUGGUACUCGAGACCGUAAUGAGGCCCCUGCUAGUACAACUAUCCCACCGCCAAGAUCUCCUCAACCUCAGAAAUCAGCUGAAACGAAAGCUCCUAGCCAGAACACCACCACAAGCACAAGCACGUUACCUGAAACUCCCGCAAUUCCUCCUCAACCUUUAGCUGAGAGCAAAGCUCCUAUCCAAUCCACAAAUACAAGCCCUUUACCUGAAAGUAGCCCAGUACCUUCUCAUCCUUCAGCUGCCACAAAAGCUCCAGCUAGCCCGAAAUCUGAAACUCAAACCCCUACCACUACCAUCACCAGUACCCCUACAUCCACAAUACCGCAGAGCCCACAAUCUGGUCCUCCAGGAGUUGCUCCCUCCAGAACUGAGUCUCAACCCUUGAUACUGUCUCAAGAACAGAAGAGCAAUUCUCAACCAGCUUCACCAUCUGAUGUGGAAACUAAGUCCAAUGCACCUCAGCCUCCAUCUGCAUCCCAGUCUCAUCCAGCUCCUCAAUCGCAAGAAGUGAGUCCAAAAUCCUCACCAAUACGUAAGGGUCCUCAGGUCCUUUCAACUGAUCAAUUUACCCCAAAGGAAUCUCGCCCUGCGAGUCAGGUUUCUUCAAAUCCAUUUGAUAUAACUUCACAAAUGCAACCGAAGGAUCAGACAGUUUCCCAGACGACAUCUGCACCAAAACAAUCGGAAGAGAGCUCAGAGACUUCAUCCAAAUCCUCUGAAGCAAAAAAUAGGUCACCUGAAAAGGAAAUGCAAGCUUCAGAACUCUCAGAGGUGAGAUCCACCAGAGGUAUUACAGAAGGACCAUCCAAGAUAUCAGAUUCUUCAAGAAUCAUUAGUGAACCUAAGACGGCCAGACCGUUGGAGACAAAAAACCAGGAAACUGAAGUGAAGGAAGUUGUGCAAGAGACCAAUGAUAAAAACCAUGCUGCAGGAGAAAAGACCGGUGGUCCUGUGACAUCCAAAGAGCAGCCAGGCAUUGUGUUCCAACCCAAGCAAGCACAAGCCAGUCCUGAUGAUGACCAAAUUCAGGUGAACCGUGUCUCUAAUGGAAAGCAGACAAGAACAAUCCCAUCACAGCUAAAGAACAAAACAGUUAGUGGUCGCAAGGAAACUGCAGGUUCUGCUGAACAAGAUAUACCCCUUAACAAAGAGGUAAAAGAUAACAUCUCAAAGUUAAUUCAUAGGAUGGUGGUUGGAGAUGGCAAGAUAAAUUUGGAAGAGGGGCCGGUGAGUGUGAUCACCCUUGCUGGUGAUAACAGAGGAGCAUCUAUGCAACUUGGUUCAAACUCAUCCAAAAGAGGGUCAAUUCAAAUUCACAGAGGCUACAAACUGAAUGCAGAUGAAAGUGCCGAUACAACCAUAGAUGCAGAGGGUUCAGAAGGAAGGCAGUCAAACGAUGGAAGGACCAUGAAAGAUCAAGAAAUAGAGGCAUACAUGAACUGCAAUGUGCAGGGCCUCAACAACUCAAUUACAUUUGACAGUUUCAUUGAGGGUAAAAAUCCAGGUAUACACAUGUCCUUUCCUCGUACGCCUUCAGAAACUAUAAAAACAAGUGAGGAAAAUGGACUGUUUGCGGCACACAAGGCCGAAUUUAAUGCUACUCGUGCUCAGAAACAUACAUACGAGCCAACAAUCAGAAGUAGAUGUCUUGAAGGCCUUUUUCUUGAACCAAGUGAUUCUGAUUCAGACAACCCUGAAAAACCUCGGCGACAUGGUUGCCAAGUUGGCGGUAUGGAGAAGAGAGAAAACGAGAUAGAUAUUCUUUGAAACUACAGUUGUAAUGCAUGUAACUAAUUAAAGUUAACAUAUCCUUUUGUACAUAUUCAAUAAUAUCUGCCAAAAGCAACUGUAACAGAGAUACAAAUAAUCAAUGAACCCAUGAUAUACAUGAGAUGUUGUCUUCUA